AGGCCCCCGGGCGGAGGGACGACCCCCCCCUCUCCCCGCAUCCGAGCCGAGGGCUCCCAGAGGAAGAGGCUCUGCAGUCCCGCAUCUUUCCCCGGACAGAACCUCACCAGGAGAUCUCCAGACUUGGCCAUGAAUGGACACACUGUCCCAUCAGGCGACUCCGGACACCCCGGUGGGUGGAACGAGUUCUGCAAGCAGCACGCCAUCACCACCGCCAGAGAGCUGGCCAGGGAGUACCUCCACUUCGUCAGCGAGAACCCCCAGCACGAAGUUUUGGCCGCUGAGAACUUCUCCCUUCAGUUUGCCGACCUCUUCCAGCAAUAUUUCCGCCACGAGGUGAAGGAUACGUACGGUACGGAGCAGCUCCAUAUCCUGCCCUUCAGCAGAGUGCGGGACUACCGGGAGACGGGCCAGAAACAUGCUGAGGGCUCCUCGGUCACGGUUGGGUCCAAGGUUGAGGUGGACUUGUCGGACCAGGUCACCCGGGCCUCUGAUGUCCGCUCCAGUGGACUACCCAAGUCCUGGAGUUCUGAAGAACUGGCGGCACCCGCCUCUUCGUUGGCCAUCAGGAGGCAUUUUUCUCUGGACCGGCUACGGAGGAGCUGGCGUAGCUUGUUCCGCCGGAGAUCCUCGGAGCCGGGCCCUGGCGAAGGGGAGAUGGCGGACUUGGUUUGGAGAUCUAGCCUGGCCCGAAAGAUCUUCCCGUGGACCAUCUCCAGGGAGGGCUCCUUGCAGAUCCAGAAAGAAGGGAAUCUGAAGUACAUGAUGGUGACGGAGGACAGUGGAACUCGCUGGCAGAAAUGCCGGUUAGUUUUAUACAAGGAAGGGUCUCCGGACCGCCAGAAUUACGCCUUGGCACUGUUUGAUCCACCCAAGAGCUCAAGGCCCAAACUGCGCUCCCCUUGCGUGGCCAUCCAAGAGACCCGGGCCUGCACUCGGCUGGAGAUGCCCGACCACGUGCACACUUUUGUGGUCAAGGUAAAUGCGACCACCGAAGUAAUAUUCCAGGCUGGAGACGAACAGCAAUUAGCCGCUUGGAUAGCGGAGAUUCAGCAGUGCCUCCCCAGAUCGGAAGGAGGCAACCUCGAGAGUAGCCCAGAUCCUCAUUCGGAGGCCGGCACCCCCAGCCCUGCCAACAGCAGCACCGACUCCCUGCACCAAGGGGCCUUGCUCUCCAGGCCCGCCGAGCAGCCGGCCCAGAGGAUCGACCACUACUUGUCCGCCUUCCCCUGGUUCCACGGCCCCAUCUCGCGGGUGAAGGCCGCCCAGCUGGUCCAGCUGCAAGGCCUGGAGGGACACGGGGUCUUCCUCAUCCGGCAGAGCGAGACCCGCCGGGGGGAAUACGUGCUGACCUUCAACUUCCAAGGCAAAGCCAAGCACCUGCGGCUUUCCCUGACGGAGCGGGGCCAGUGCCGAGUUCAGCACCUGCACUUCUCCUCCAUCCUAGACAUGCUGCAUCACUUCCAGCACUGCCCCAUCCCCCUCGAGUGCGGCACGGCCUGCAACGUCCAGCUCUCCCGGCACGUGGUGGUCAUCCCGCCCCUUCAAGCCUCCGGCCACCCAGCCGCCUUCCCUCCAUCCGGCCACCACUGCACGCCUGAGGUCAGCUUUGUCCAGCUGAAUCCGGCCGGCUGCCCCCGGAUCCGCCUGGCCGACAACCUUCGCCGCCACUCCGUGGAGCAGAUCUUCCACCUGGUGCCCCCUCCCGAAGAACUGGCCAGCAGCCUCCAGCACAGCCCCAGCCAGGCCGCCCCGGCCCCUUCGCCUGCGGCCCGUCAGUGGGACAGUGACUACGAGAUGGACGUGCAAAGCAGGCACACCUCCGGGCGGUCAGCACCAGUACACCUCCCUCUGACGCAGCUGGGGGAGCUCCCCACCACCACGGCGUUGGCCCAGGACGCUGAAUGUCCCUGCCGGAAACUCGGCCCUUCCAGCUGCAUUUCGUCUUUGGAAGGGCGUCCGCUCUCUUCCGGGUGCAGCUUUUCCAUCAGGAUCCCUCGGCCUGCGUGUUUCCCCCCCCGUCUCUCAUCGGUUUGCACGUCUUCCUUUUCCAUUUAGCCUUUUUGUUUGUUUUUUGGUGGUACCUGCCAGGUUUAGAGUGGCCAGUUGGGGUGUCCAGAUGCCCUUGGAUAACAACACCCGUUAAAGGCAAAUUCCUCUCGUUUGGCUGUGGCAACGCAAACGCAAAGCCAGCACUUUCAGUUCCAGAUCAAAACCAACCCCACUCCCUUCCUUCCUUCCUUCCAUUCCUCCUUCCUUCCUCCCUCCCUCUUCCUUCCUUUCUUCCGUUCCUUUCAUUUCUCCUUCACUCCCUCCCUUUCCCUUCCUUCUUUCCCUCCCCUCCCCCUCCCUCCCUCCUUCCCUUCCUUCUGGGUCAAGAUGUCCCCCUCUGGCUGCGAAGGCAUUUCAGAAGCUGCUCCUUCCCUUUUAAAAACCCUGAGAAAAAUCGCUUCCACCCCUUUAAAAUAACUUUAAACAAACCAGGAAGGCUGCCUUAAAACCAGCAUUUCAGAAGCUCAGGAGUCGCCCCAUUGUGGCCUUUUCCACGGAAGCACAACAUUGCUAGCCCCUCUCUUUUGCAAAGAGCUGCUCCCCGGCCUUGUGUCGGCCUACGUCAGAAGUCGAAAACCUAAUUUGGGAGGGGAGGGGAGGGGGGGAAAUGCACAAACGGCUACAGGGAUGUGCUCUCAGAAUCAAAAGUCGACGUUGUUAAGGACUUUUUAUUUCGGUGCGUUACGGAUUUCAAUUCUUGUUUUCCCUUCUGGUGGGCUAGGGAGGCCUGGGCAAAGGAGGCGAUGUGGGCCCAGGGCUGUUACAGGAGGGGGAACUUCCUAGUUCCCAUUGUGGGACCGAACGUACCUCGGGGAGGAACUGUAGGCUGCAAAACAGCCACCACAAAUCAUCUUAAUCUAGCUGUCAGCAGGAAGCUGGAAGGCAAAAGGGGAAGUGAUAAGCCUGUUCAGGGUUGCCAUCCCUUAACCAAACAGAGGAAGUUGAAAUGGCUGUUUUCUGCAAGGAGUUGGACUUUCGAGACAAGUUCAAACUCGCAGUGCCCGGAGAAGGCCAACAAACACCUGGCCUGUGGUGGUUGGGUUUGGGUUGGUUUUUUUAGCCAAUUCACACGUGCCUUUCACUGGAAGUGCCUUUUAUCUAAUCAGUGGCUCAACCUGGAAGGAAGUUUGGCUGGAAAGCCCCAGGAACUGCCAGGGGUGAACCUUGCAGCCCCUCCCUUGCUCUGUGAUCCCACCAAACAGCUAAUGGAGAAGCUCCCUUGGAGCAAGAGGGCGCCAGGUAGGCAGGGCGAGGUAUAUUGAAUUAAGCCUGAAAUUUAAUUUCGGAGCAACAUUAGCCACGUAAAAGAGCAGUGGGCUUCAAUUCUGGGAGUUGGAAGUCCACCUAUCUUAAAAUGGCUUGAGAAACAGAGCAAUGAUGAUUUGAUUUCCCUCUCUGGUGCAUUGCUGCAUCUCUAAACACCCAACAGAGCCUCAAAUAGAGGCCAACCAAACCACCACGAGAUCUGAGCCUCAACCAUUUGGGUUCCAACUACUUUGUACUGCCUUACAGGGUUUCAAAUUCAGUCCCUUUCCUUGCUAACAAGAGAUCAUCAUCUUUCAGAGAUUCUUUUGUGUUUAAGAUAAUACAUGGAGUUCCAAAGCUUUCUGGACAAUGGGAACAAAACCUCGCUUUCUAAACCCACAAACACCCGGGGGGGAGGGGGGGUUGGAAACGGGGGGCCUCGGGGAGAAUGGAACCCA